CAAAAACGCGGUCACGGAGAGGGGGAUGAACUCUCUCCCCUUUCCCCUCCCCCGUGAAAAUGGAGAUAAAAGACUUGGUUCAAGAACUGAAAAGGAGGCGAGCGUAGCAGAGAGAGAGAGAGAGGGGAAAGUUGCUGUGGUUCCGCAGAUACAGGGAGAAAAAAAGCCCUCCUCCAUGAAACACAGAAACAGGACGGGGAGGAGAGGUUCAACGAAGGGCAGGCGCACGCACUGAAAAGGAGAGAGUGUGCGCAAAGUUCAGGGGCUUUGUCUGUCGAAGAAACAGAGACGGAAAAGGGAUCACGCAGGAGCAGGGAGGGGGAGAGAUCAGCGAAAUUCGCGUGAACAAAAAAAAAAAGAACAGAACCCGGCCAGAGGUGGAUAUUCGUGGUCCUGCACAGGCACGUCUUUUUAAGCAGCUACUGGGACAAAAGAAAAGGAGCCUGACGGUGAGAGAGAGAGAGAGAGAGCCAGCGACGGUAGGAGAAAGAGAAAAAAAUUCCCAUUCCAGUGCGGGAGACAAGUUCUGUUUCCAGUUCUGUCCCAGGUGAUUGGAGCACGGACGCCGAACUACGGUCUCGGGAGAAGGAGGGGUUGACGCACGGGAGCAGAGAGGCACAGCGCCCGCACCUACAGGUCCGAGACGAGCACGAUGCCACCCAAUCUGACCGGAGUUUACCAGCUGGUGUCGCAGGAGAACAUGGACGAGUAUCUGCAAGCGCUGGAUAUUAACUUUGCUCUUCGGAAGAUCGUGUGCCUGCUGCGUCCGGACAAGGACAUCGUCCAAGAGGGAGACCACAUGGUCAUCCGUACCCUCACCACCUUUCGGAACUUCAUCAUGGACUUCACACUGGGCCAGGAGUUCACCGAGGACCUGGGGCCUGUGGACGGCAGGGUCUGUCAGACGACUGUGCAGUGGGAGGGAGACAGACUGGUGUGUGUUCAGAAGGGAGAGAAGGAGAACAGAGGCUGGACCCACUGGCAGGAGGGAGACCUGUUGCAUCUGGAGAUGCGAGUACAGGGAGUGGUUGCUAAGCAAGUCUUCAAGAAAGUCAAAUAACAGCCGGACCUCUGCGGCACCGAGUUCUGGUACAGCCAGAUCCAAUCCAAGGCACUCCGGGAGCCUGCUGUAGUACCCACCUUUAGCCACAAGAUGGAGACAUAAUAAAAAUGAAUAUGGAUCCUGGA